AUGCACAAAUCAUCGACAUGGAUCAAACGGCUGUUGAACAAACCGGAGAACUCGUUCAUGUGCACGGUGGACAUGUCGUACAUCCAGGACAGGUUCAAUCUCGUCGGGCUGGAGAACGCGUUGCCGGACUUCGAGUCGGCUCUGCGCGUCGUGUUGGACGAAGCUCCGUUAUCGUGUGCCGCGACCAAUACCGCCUCGCGAUCGGCGGCCGAGCUGGUAUACGGUCUGGUACACGCUCGGUACGUGAUGACACCGCGAGGCGUCGCCAAAAUACUCGAGAAAUACAUGGCCGGCUGUUUCGGACAGUGCCCGCGAGAAAACUGCAAACGUUCGGCUGUCUUGCCCAUAGGGCUGUGUGACGUUGUCGGGGAGAACACCGUGAGAAUCUUUUGUCCCCGGUGCAUGGACGUGUACACCCCUCCACCGGGGGUGAAAGGGGCGGCCGUGGACGGCGCAUACUUCGGCACCGGUUUACCGCACAUGGUGUUGAUGACACGACCAGAGUACAUUCCGUCGCGACCUAGAGGCCGGCAUGUGGCCAAACUUUACGGGUUCCGAAUCCACGACUCGGCGUACGACUUGCAGCGGAACACGUUCACCGAGAACAGGCGGAACAUGCAACAGCCUCCCAGGUCCACCUCCACAGCAACCGCCGGCAUUACCUCCACAAACACCUCAACCGCGGCUGCUUCAUCAAUCGUAAGCACCACUGACACUGCCUCCACUACCACUACCACAGUAUCUUCUAACGCGAGUAACCAAACAUCCCGUCUAGUAAAUAUGAUUAAUGCACAUCGUCGUGCCCCGUUAUUAAAACGAUAA